ACAGCUCAGCUUCAGUCGAGUGCGAGACCCCGUAGCGUGUGGUCUGUGUCGCUCCUCACUAGUGCAUCCUUGAGAUAGUUCCUCUUCUCGCGUUUUGGUGAUCAUGACAAAGCUUUUCGGCAGAAACAGAAAAGUGAUUUGUGAGUGAAUGGAAUAGUGUUUUUAUUUGCAGACUCUUAUUUUUUUUUCUAGUUGUUAUUGAGGAAAGUUUUUGGAAGAAUUAUGAUGGUAAUGGCUUGUGUAAAUCGUCUAUGAUGGAUACCAGGACUUUGGUUUAUGUCGCGUUCGAGGAGUAAGAUGGAGAACCCAGCGUUCCUAGAUAGUGACCAGUCCGUCUACGAGAGCGUGCGAGGGAGCCCACGAAGUAUGUCCCAGCGGCGAGCCCACCACCUUCCCACCAUCCACCACGCCCACACCCACGCUCCCAGGGGCGUGGGCGUCCCCCAACACGUCACCCACGUCCACAACGGCCGUGUGCUGGGAGUGACAGGGGUACCAGGGAACGUGUUGCCAGGGACGGUGGUGCAGGUGUCGGGGGUUCCCACAUCAGCAGGGCACACCACCACCACAACCCUCUUCCCGGACCCCUCGCUGCCGCCCCUCUGCCCGGCGCACAUCGCCCCGCAGUCCCGUCUGCCCCACGGGGAGCCCAUGUACUCCUGCCAAGCGCCCCGCGAUCACGAACACGUCUAUCAGUGCCCCGGGCACCGCGGCGACCACCGCGAUCACCACCUGGAACACCGCGACCCGCGCGAAUACGGAGAGCAUCGCUUAGAUCCGCGCGAGCAUCAUAUGGACCCCCGCGAACAUCACAUGGACCCCCGCGAACACCACAGGGACCCCCGCGAUCAUCGUCUAGAAUCCCGCGAACACCACAGGGACCCUCGUGAACACCACAGAGACCCCCGUGAACACCACAGGGACCCCCGUGAACACCACAGGGACCCACGCGAUCAUAAGGACCCCCGAGAGCACAUGGAUCCUCGCGAACACCGCAUGGAUAACCACGAACACAUGGACCCCCGCGAACACCGCCUAGAUCCGCGUGAACACCACAUGGACCCCCGCGAGCACCACAUGGACCCCCGCGAACAUCAUAUGGAUCCUCGCGAACACCACAUGGACCCCCGCGAACACAGCAUGGACCCCCGCGACCAUCAUUUAGAGCAUCGGGAUCACCGUCUGGAUCCAGCGCUUGACAACCGGCCGGACUAUCACUAUGGAGGUAGCGACUACUCCAGCACGGAGCCCAUCUACGCCCAGCCGCAUCUUUACCCGCGCGAGGGUGGCUCUGGCACGCCUACGCUAACCUACAAUAACUCGCGGGGCUCGCUGCGGGCGGCGGCGGCGGCGUCGGCCACCGGUACUCCUGCCAAGUAUCUCGUCCGCACAGAUUCCUGUGGAAAUUCAACUUCUUCCUCGACCCUGCCUACCGUAUCCGCCCUGCUGGCCCGAGAGGCCGCCCACACCCCGCCCACGCCCGCUCACAACACUACACCUUCCCUGCGCUCCUCCGCACGCCACGCAAAGGGCGGAGCGACGCCAACGCCCGCGAAGCUCAAGCGGCAGGGGUUGUUCCGAGCGUGGAAGGUAAAGUUCAUGCGAGGGGAAGGGGGUCGUCGACGGGCGUGUCUGAUGCUGUCGGGCGUGUUGUUACUGCUGCUGUUGGUGCUGGGCGCCCUGGCCGCAGUCCUCUACCUCACACUGGGCGGCGGGUUCAUCGCGUUCGCCAGAACGUCUCCCAAGGUCAUAGAAAUUACCGAGACAGGGAGCAGCGUGGUGGAAGGAGAAUUUAAAAUUACUAAUCAGAACUUCUGGCCGGGUUUGGAAGACCCCACUUCAGAAGAGUAUAGAUCAAUGGCUCAAUCAAUUGAAGAUGAGCUGGACAUACUUUUUCAUGGGUCUGUGUGGUCACGUGAAUACAAUCAUAGUCAAGUCAUCUCUUUCUCUGAGGGCUCUCUACUAGUGCGAGCACAGUUGGUACUUAAUUCAGCAGAUGUGGCUGCAGCUCAAAAAUUAGGCACUGCAUUUCUUCGAGGCCUCCACAAUCGUCAUGGGCACGAAUGGCUUGGGAAAUUUUCUGUUGAUAUCACGUCCAUUAGAUUCACAGAAGUGUCAGUUGACACCUUACCUCUUUCCACAACCACUCCACCCACAAUCACAACUGUUGGAGUUGAGGAAUCCUCUACUAUUGUUAUGGAAGCCUCACAUCGCCUUAAUGUUGGGUGGGGAGAAUGGGGACCUUGGUCAUCUUGCUCCCCUUGCUUACCACGCUAUGACCAAAUCAGAACUAGAAAGUGCCGUCUAGAGGCAGGUCGUGGUGUCAUGGUCAGCAGUAUUGAACCAUGUUUGCCUUCAGUCUUAGGAGGUCAACUCCAGGGUACUGCUGGUGAUAUGGAGACAAGACAAUGCCAGUGUGAUCAAACUUUUUAUACUACUCCCACUACAACUACGACAACAACUACUACUACUACAACUACAACUACCCCUGCUCCAUGGAAGGAUGAACAGCUACAGAGAGAGGAGCGAAUAGAUGAAACGAGUACAGAGCGACUUUGUGAUUCUUGCUUACUUGGGGAAGUUUGUGUGGGUCUACAAGGUGAACCAUAUCCUACCUGUCGAACAGCUCGAGAUUCUGGAGAUAGAACAGGUUGUGGUGGUCUUUGUGCUAUUGACUCUGAAGUGUGCCAGGCAUUGGGCUCCCGAGCUUUUCAGUGUCACAGUGCAUCUCUGUGCUUGCAUGAUGAAUGGCGUUGUGCUGAUGGCUUGUGCAUACCACACAUCAAACGCUGUGAUGGUCACAUGAACUGUUAUGACCAGAGUGAUGAACAACACUGUCGAUGUGGGCCAGAUAAAUUCCAGUGUGGCAACAAUACUUCCUGCCUUCCUGUAACCUCAAAGUGUGAUGGCAACAUGGACUGUUGGGAUGGUUCUGAUGAAGCCAAUUGCACAACUUUGUGCCCCAACCCUGACACUCAGUUUACUUGCCGCAGCAGUCAGUGUAUCCCCCAGCACCAAUUCUGCGACGGGUUGGCGGACUGCGGGGAUGGGUCAGAUGAACCCUUCGGUUGUUUUGGAGGGUGCCAACCCAACGAGCAUCAAUGCCGGAAUAGGAGAUGCAUCCCAGCUUCCAGCAUCUGUGAUGGUAGGGACACGUGUGGCGACGGCAGUGAUGAACAGAACUGCAAUAGGACUCUCAUCACUGUCACACCGGGAACGAGAGCUCCUAUCUUGAACCUAUCCAGUACUAGUAGUUGGUUGGAAACCACUCUUCUAAAUGUUUCAAAUGCACAAAAUCCUCAGACAUCACCGAGAAAUUAUAUUUCACUCUCUCACCUUGGAGACACUCAUGCCUCAAAUAUGGAAAGUACACCUUCAGUAAAUGCUUUUCCUUCUUCUACCAGUACUGAAGGCCAUGUUGGUGGAUCUUCUGCUUUAUACGUAGUGACACCAGUGGAAGACUUUAAUUCGUCUACAUCCAUCAGAAUGCCUCAAACUUCUACAAGCUCCAUUGGUAAUACUGAAAAUAGUGUAGAAAAUGGGAAUUCUGAAGAUGUAUAUAAUACAGAUGAUGCUCUAACAGAGUCUGAUAGUCAUGGGAAAGUUUCUCCGGUCAUAGAUAGAGGUUGGAGACGAACUUCCCAAGUUAUGCCUAGUAUAGAAGAGUUUGGAGACUUUUUUAUUUCAAGGUUACAGAAAGAUCAUGAGCCAAUCUCCUCCAAACAAAAUUCCAUGAUUGGCAGAACUAGUUACUCAGUGCUCCAUGAAGCAAGUGAUAGGUAUAGUGUUUUAAACAGUGCAGUCAGCAAUAUGGAUAAGCAGGGUAAUAAAAGAACCUCACCUGGAUUCAAAAUAAACACUCCCAGAGAAGAAAAACACUAAUGGCUUAUCGUGACUCGGAAUAAUGCUCGAUAAGAAGUGCUGCAUGUGUGUUUGUGUAUGUAAUCAUAAUGUGGUUGCAGGGGUUGGGUCCUGGCCCCUGUGUGUGUAUGUAUGUAUGUGUGUUUGUGAGAAUGAACAACCAUUUUGUAAUGGACAAUUUUUUAAAAGUGAAAAUGUAUGAAUAUGGAAAGUCAGAGUCAACUGCUAUUUUAGUAUAUCAGUGUUAUGAAAUGAAAAAUAUAUUACAUCACAAUGUUGAUAUAUUGAUGUUGUGAGAGGAGAGUCCUUUUUGUAUAUCUAGUUGAGAAAUACCAAAGAUUGUAUGUAUAUUUUGUCCUUGGUAGGACCUCAUGAUGUUAUCUAGUCUGUAUGAAAAUGUACUUAUUAUGUAUUAGUUUAUUAGCCUCGGGUACUGUCACUGCAGUGCAGGCGAGAUUUGAAAGAACUUAUCAGCCUCAACUAUCAUGCAGUGGCCAUGCCAUGGAGACUAUGGUUGGAAUUUCUCAGCUUAUUUUCGACAUUUGUUAGGGAAUGUAUUCACUGAAUUGCAGAAAGUGCUACUGAAUAUACAGAGUUCACCCAAAGUGGACUGUACUCUUCCCUACCAGUCUGUACUCUGUGAAUAUGCUUGUUGUAUUUUGCUCCCCUUUACUAACCCACAAAGUGCAGGAUUAUAGACCUUUGCUCUUUGGUUAUCCUAUUCCUGGUUAUUUAGCUUAAUUCAUUAAAAUCUGGUUACUAAAAUGUGGACAUAAAAAAAAAUACUUUGUCAGACAGGGAUCUUGGGCUCUAUUCCAUAUAAAAUAUUUUGAUUUUUUUAAGCAAAAAACUACAAAGAAAAAUCCAUUCAUAUUAUAUUGCUAGCUCAUGAUCUAAGUAGUAAGUGCAUAAUAAAUUUUUAUGUGCUACAUUGCAUAACUUUGGUUAAUACCAUAGUUCAAAGAUAAAUAUUUAAGCUCAAGAGAACUAGCUCUCAAGAUUGAUGUCCUGGUAUCCGGAUUAAUAAUGACUUAACCCUAGAGCCAUCUGCCCAGGUUUAAUGGGAGGAAUGGUUCAGGACAUUGUGCCUUCCUAGUACAGAUGAUGUACUGUAAAACUUCAGUUCCAUAAUUUGCAAAAGGUUAUAUGAGAAGUGAGAGUUUUCCAAGAUUUUGCUUGGGUGUGUACCUAAAAUUGCAAAUUGGGGUGUAAACUAUCCUAUGAGUUUUAAAAGUUUUUUUUUUUUUUUAUAGCUGCAAUCUUCAGCAAUUGGCUGCCUGGACUUGGGGGUUAAUUAAAGUACUUUUAUGAAACUUAGAAGUCCAGUGUAGUUCUGUUGAUUUUGUUGUACUUGUGCAUGAGGCAGGAAACUUAUUACAUUCCACCUAACUUUGACAAUUAAAUCUGACUUACAGUACUGCUGUAUCUUUAAGGUGUCUUAAGAAUAUUUUUUCAUUGCCAAUGAACAAUCCAAAAAUUAAUGUUGCCAUUAUGAAGCCAACUUCCAUAAAUUUGCCAGAUUUUGUAGGUUUUGUUGCAGGGGCUCUGUCUGUUGCACAGCUCAGUCUUACUACUAGUCUCAUGGUUUAAGGUUGUACAGUGAAACUAUUUUUUUCCUAUGAAUUUUGACCUGUCUCCAUACUUAGUAGAACCUCAGUGAUUUGCCAUUUAUCCAGGGGAAAACAUUUACAGUAUAUACGUAAACUAUUAAAGUAAGAACACUUAAAUGCCCUCUUAUUUUUCUCUCUAGGCUGGAAUAUUGCUGUACACUAACCAUCCCUUUUAAGGCAGACAAAAUUGUAUAUCUGGAGAAUGUACAGAGAACCUUCACUGCCCGUAUAAAUUUGAUUAAGCACCUAAAUUACUUGGAAUGCUUGAAAUUCCUUGAACUUUAUUUCUUGGAAUGUAGGCAAGAAAGAUGCAUCGUAAUUUAAAUCUGGAAAUUUUUGAAAGGGUUAAUCCUGAAUCUGCACACAAGAGUCACUCCUACAGAAAUAAAAAGUCUUGGCAAGUAGUGCAAAAUACAGUGGACCCUCGGUUAUCUGCCAUAAUCCAUUCCAGAAGGCCGGCCUAAAACUGAAAUGGCCAAUAACCGAAAUAAUUAUUCCCAUAAGAAUUAAUGUAAAUAUGUACAAUUAAUCCAUUCCAGUUGCCCAAAAAUAUUCACAAAAAAUACAUUUUUUAGAGAGUAAUUAUAGUUUUACAUACACAAAACAAUGAGAACUAAAUAAAAUACAUGAACAAUUAAAUCAGUAUUACAUACCUUUAUUGAAGACUGUUGUAGGCUUAUGGAAGAUAAGGAGGAGGAGAGAGGGAGGAGAGUUUAUUGUUUGGAAGGGAAAUCCCCCUCCAUGACUUCAGGUAUCAAAGCACUAUCUGGGGUUACUUCCCUUCUUUGUUUUUUAAUGCCACUAAGACCAGCUUGAAAGUCACUGGACCCUUGUCGCACAAAAUAUCUGUCCAGAGAGUUCUGUUUCUGGCGUCUUUUAAGAUUUUCCUGAAGUGGGACAAGGUUCUGUCACUGAACCUGUUGCAGUUGUAGCUUGUUUCAGCUUGGUCAGGGUGAUUAUUCUCAUCAAAAGCUUGCACCCUAGUCUACAUUGCACAUAUCUCCUUAAUCUCUGAAGAAGGCACCUCCUUCACUCUCUCUUCCUCCUCCUCUGAAGCAAGUUCCUAAGCUGUGGUCUGUUGCUGUUCCAGAUGAAGCUCUUGCAGCUCUUCAUUGGUUAGCUCUUCCCUGUGGUCCUCCACCAACUCUUCCACAUCCUCACCACUAACCUCCAUAUCCAUGGACUUGCCCAGAGAUACAAUGGAUUCCACAACAGGUGUAGGGUCAACCCCAAACCCUUCAGAAUCCCUCUCGGACACAUUUUGGCCCAAUUUUCUCCAAGCAGAGUUCAAAGUCCUGGAAGUCACUCCCUCUCAACCCUUACCUGUAAGGCUUAUGCAAUGGAUGAUAUUGAAGUGAUUCCUCCAGAACUCUCUUAGGGCCAAAUCUGUGUCCAAGGUCACUUCAAAGCACCUUUGAAACACUGCUUUGGUGUACAGUUUUUUGAAGUUAGAAAUGACCUGCUGGUCCAUGGGCUGCAUGAGAGGAGUGGUGCUAAGAGGCAAGAACUUCACUGUGAUGAAAUGGAAUUCCACAGACAAUUGGUCUACCAAGUUUGGAGGAUGAGCAGGAGCAUUGUCCAGUACCAGGAGGCACUUGAGUGGCAAUUUAUGUUCCAGGAGGUAUUUUUUCACACUUGGGCCAAACACAUCAUUCACCCACUCUUUGGAAAUUUGCAUUGUGACCCAUGCAUUAUUGUUAGCCCUCCACAUCACAUAAUUUAUUUUUGAAAACAUUGUGUUUCUUGAACACUGGGAUUUUCAGUGUGAUACACCAGUAAAGGCUUCACUUUGAAAUCCCUAGUAGUGUUAGCACAGAACAAAAGGGUAAGCUUGCCUUUCAUAGGCUUGUGUCCAGGCAGGGCCUUUUCCUCCUGCAUAAUGUAGGUCCUCUUUGGCAUUUUCUUCCAAAACAGACCUGUUUCAUCACAACUGAACACUCGUUGGGGGAGGAAUUCUUUAGCCUCUACGUACCCCUUGAAACCUUGCACAAAUUUUUCAGCCACACAUUUAUCAGAACUUGCAGCUCUCCAUGCCUUACCACACUGUGUAUGCCACUACGCUUCUUAAAUCUCUCAAACCAGCCUUUGCUAGCCCUAAAUUCACUAACAGCAGCACUUGUUCCUGGCAUUUUAUUUACAAGAUCUGCAUACAACUGCUUUGCCUUCUCACAAAUCACUGACACCACAACACUAUCUCCACUAAUUGCUUUUCCCUGAUCCACAACAACAAUAACUUUUCCAUAUCUUCCAUUAUUGUUGACCUUUGUUUCAUUAUCACAUUUACUCCUUUUGCAAAACCAGCUUCCUUGAUUUGUUCUUUCUUUGCCAGGAUGGAAGUGAUGGUAGAUUUGUUUUUCCCGUACAUCCUGGCAAGUUCCAACACUCACAUACCACAUUUUUCAGUCACUUCUCUCUUAAAUUCCAUCAUGUUUCUCACUUUCUUUACCACAGGAACUUUACUAGGAACUUUCUUUGGGCCAUGCUUACUUAUUUCGCAGUUGCACUUAAUAACAAAGAAAAACACUGAUUUAUAGCGAAACGUUUGGAUGAGUGAGCAGAAGCUUCUUCGCUCGGUCAGUGACACAGCUACAAUGACUCAGGAACGUGCGAGCGUCGCUGGCCGAUAAGCGAAAUAAUGGCCGAUAACCAGAAGCCGAAAAACUGGCUGAUAAAUGAGUUGGCUGGUAAGCGGAAUGGCCGAUAACCAAGGGUUCACUGUACCCCCUUUGAAAACUUGUGCCAUGAGUACACAAAGAGAACACAGUCAGCAUAAAGAGACCAAGACUAUUCAGCACUCUCCCUUCAUGCAUAAAUCUAAUACUUGACAGACUCCUGGUUGUCUUCUAGAAGGAAUUUGAUUAGUUAUUCAAGUCUUCCCAGGUAACAUGGGUUUAGAGCAGAUCGCUCUUUUCUUUUGCAACUACUGGACCACUAUGACAUGGUCAUGGAUGCACUGGAAGACAAACAGAAUGCAGAUGUAGUAUACACAGACUUUGUGAAAACCUUCAGGAAGUGCAAUCAUGGUGUAAUAGCACACAAAAUGCAUGCUUAAGGAAUAAUUGGAGGAGUGAGCAGAUGAAUCUUCAACCCCACUUUCAAGGAUCACAACAGUAUCACUAUCACAUGUGUGAGGAAAAUGAUAGGAUGGAUAAUGAGAACUUUCAAAACAAGGAAUGUCAUGCCAAUGUCAUUUUGUUCUCUCAAGGCAGAUAAAGUUGCAAAUCUAAAAGUACAGAGAACCUUCAGUGCAUGUGUUAGUUUAGUCAAUUAUUAUUAUAAUCAAAACUAAGUGCUAAACCACUAGGGUAAUACAGCACUGUUUAAUCCAAUAAAAUACCUAAAUUACUGGGAACAUUUGAGGUCCCAUGAACUGUACUCCAUAGAAUGCAGGUGAGAAAGAUACAUCACGAUCUACACCUGAGGGACUGGUCCUAAAUCUGCACUCACAAAUCACUCCCUAUGAAAGCAGAAAACUGGGCAGACAGUGCAGCAUACCCCCAGUGAAAAGCAAAGGUGCCCCUGAGUACACAAAGAGAAAACACAAUAGGUACCCAGGGCCCAAGACAUAAGGGGAACUACCAAUAGACCCCUGGCUGUCAUUAAAAGGGAACUCGACAGAUAUCUAGUCAGUGCCCGAUCAGCUGGGUUAUGGUUUGUACAUUGGAUGUUUGUAUGUUGUGGCCAGCAGUAACAGCCUGGUUGAUCAGGUCCUGAUCUACUGGAAGGCCUGAUUGAGGACCAGACAGCAGGGACAUUGACCCCUGGAACAACCUCCAGAUACAUACCUGAGUACAAAUGGGCCUCUGAAAAGUUUACAUAUCACCAACAGGUAACUGAGUCAAGUGGAAGUGAAAAUACAAUAGAUCUGAUCAUUGCACACAUUGAGGAACUAAUCAGGUUUAGUUGUGAUUAUUAUAAUAAUAAUAAUCAAAUACAAUAUGCUCUGAUCACAACCCCAUUAAGUAUAAACAAAUAUAAAUUCAAGUGUGGAGAACUUCAGAGAUAGUCAGUGAGAAGUGAUAUUCAGUAAAUUUGACUUUUAACAAUUAGAGAAUUGACUGUGACAGAAUAAACAAAGACCCAUCAGACAUUUCCUGGGACUGUCGUGAGCCCCCUAUUGUACUAGUGCAUGAGAAAAUUAUAUACAGAAGUAUGCAAAUUCUGUAUAAAAUAUGUUCUUUUGAAGAAAGAGCUUAGAUACUGUUGAAAUACCAAAAAACUUAAAAAAAAAC